AUGGUGUUUUACAGGAGUGUGAGGCUGGUGAAUGGCGGCAGCCGAUGUGCCGGGAGAGUGGAGGUUUACCGCGAAGGACAAUGGGGCACAGUGUAUGGCUAUGGCUCUGGUGACUCUGGUUGGGAUAUGCUGGACGCGGCUGUGGUGUGUAAGGAGUUGGGCUGUGGAGACGCGCUGUCAGCCUCAGGAGACGCUCACUUUGGGAUGGGCUCUGGUCCCAUUAUAACGUAUAAUGUUCGGUGCAGAGGGAGUGAGUAUGCUCUAAGGUAUUGUUCCUCAGGGACCUGGCGUCACUAUUAUUGGUCACACUCCUCUGAUGCCGGCGUCAUCUGCUCAGAUGGUUUGAGGCUGGUGAAUGGCGGCAGCCCGUGUGCCGGGAGAGUGGAGGUUUACCACGAUGGACAAUGGGGCACAGUGGAUGGCUUUGGCUCUGGUGACAGUGGUUGGGAUAUGGCGGACGCGGCUGUGGUGUGUAAGGAGUUGGGCUGUGGAGCCGCGCUGUCAGCAUCAGGAGACGCUCACUUUGGCGAAGGCUCAGGUCCCGUUGUGACGUACAAUGUUCGGUGCAGAGGGAGUGAGUCAACUCUGAUGGGUUGUCAGUCACAGCCCUGGAAGCACUAUUCAGUGUACGGGUACUCACACUCCUAUGAUGCCGGCGUCAUCUGUUCAGGUGUAUCGAGCAAAGUGGGAUUUAGCACACGGGAUGAGAAUGGGAAAAGAGGAAGUCUGCUGAGCACAGGGGAUUUGAGCUUGAGCACGUGCGGCAACAGCGGAGUUGAGGACGAUGAUGUGAGCAUCGUGAGCUGA